AUCUACUUAGAGUGCUUACGCGUCCCAGCCGGGGCCUUGCACCUUUCUUCCCCAGUCCCCUCACCCUCCCGGACUGCUUCCCACCUUUCGUCUUACGUAUAUCUCAGAUAUUAUGCGACUAUUCCGCUGGUCUCGUCCUCUAUCUACACCAGACAAGAUCUACUCAUCCGGUCUCAAGACGCUCUACCUAGGCCGCGCACUCUGGUACCCGGAGCCGCACGAGUCGGGCGAGCCGCAGAUCGGCGACGUGGGCUACAUCCUUGAAGGCGCGUUCAUCCGACUGUUCAAUCUCAAUGUCUCUGUGCCCGAGAACGCUGUCAUGUUUUGGGAGCCGCCGUUCGAAAUCACAGAGCCGCUGCCUCCGGGGCUCCUCAGAAUUGACCGCAGGCGCCGCCCGCUCGCACCAGAUCAUUAUCGCAUCCAUGGUGCCGAGAGAAAGGAGCCGCGCGCCCCAGCAGAUCUGUAAGCGUACUUAAUUUUUUGGGAGAGAAAAUUACGUCGAUAUUAUCGCAGGACGGCUGGUGCCAACGCGUUUGUCACCCUGAGCGCCGAAUACACCUGCAAGGCUGCGCAAGGCGCAGUGCUUGCACUGAGGAGCGAGGCGCGCGCCGAGACGAUAUUCGAGAACCAGGCCCUGAAGCAGUACGUCGCCCGGAACUUCGACAGCUGGUACGCGUACGCGACGCGCGACCUCGGGAGUCUAGUCCGGUGUGGAGACCUCGUCAUGGUCAGCGGUUGGGUCAAGACCUCCGCGGACUGGGCGGCGGCGGCCUUCAGCAACACGAGCACGAGCACGAGCGCGUCGUUUCGGACCCUUGGCGGGGCUCCAUCUGCACGGGAUGCACACGAGCGCCGAGUCGGGACCGGUGAUGCAGCGACACGGCGAGGACUACCUGACGAGCGUGCCCGGACGCCGGCUGGUGGAGGCAAAGAGAGAUCAGUCGGUCUUCGUGAAAUGUCACAAGACGCGAAAACGAGCGAUAUUUCCAAAUAAAGUGGUCGCAGGCGCGGGCUACCACUCUCUUCCCGAUUCAGAAGGCGCCAGGAGUGCCUCGGGAGCGGAAACAGUCUUAGCGCAGGAGGACGAGAGCAUUGAAGAGGUGAACGUACUGGAUCUUGAGUGUAAUGUAUGUGU